CAAAAACACUUUAUUUUAAAGGUUUCUGUCACUGAGGAAACAUGGGUUUCAAAGGUGAACAUCAAAAGCCGCAGAAAGGGAAGCUCAAAGCUCCAUCCUCUAUCAUGGCGACCAGACAGACAGCCGUGUUUCUGGUGGUGGUGGUCCUCUCCCUGCCAGGUCUCACCAACUGCUUCCUACACACCAGCUCUGUUGAUGGGCUAUCGAGUACUCAUCGUGACAUCACUCGAAAAGCAAUCCUCAGAAAGACAGCUGAGGUUUGCCGAGACAUUGCUGCUGCUGAAGCACGGGACUUCAGCUUGAAUAUUGAUGACAGCCUGUCAGUUACCCGGGUGCAAAGGGCCUGCUCCUCCUCAUCUAACUCUACAUCUUCCAGCUCUACUGACAUGUUUCAAAAUGCCAUUAAAAGCAUGCACAGGAGCAAUGCAGAUGUGGACAGGUCAUUUCCGCUGGAUGUGGAGUACCAUUUUCACGAUGAGGCCAUCCAGGCAGGACGGAAAAUCAUCACAGAAGGCCUGUCCUCUGUGAAGGCUAAUAUGAGGCUGGGGAACUUUGCGGCUGCUAGGGAGACUCUUGGACGAAUCUGUCACACCCUUCAGGACUUCUACAGCCACAGUAACUGGGCGGAGCUGGAGAAAACAACUCCUUACAGCACUCUGAUCAGACCAGAUCAACCUCUGGAGAACUUGGCAGGUCCAGAUACUCCAACCUGUAAGAGCUGUACAGGAGCGACGAUGUGUGCUGACAACAUUUUGCCUGCAGUGCUGAGUCAGGGCUUAAUCACUUCAGGCUACUUUAACGUCAUCUCUUCAGUAAAACCUGCAGGUAAAUGCAGCCACGGUGGUCAGGCUGACAAGACAAGCACAGUGGACCCAGUGGGGGGAAUCAAUAAGGAUGGUGUAGAGUCUGGUCAUGGCUCAUUUCACAAAAGAGCAGCUAACCUGGCAGUGGAUGCCACUAUGGAGCUACUGGAGGACAUCAGAGUAGCUGCCGGAGACCAGAGCUUCCUGCAAUUGAUGGACCUCUCCCAGGCCCCUGCAUUGUGUUUUGUCAUUGACACUACAGGCAGCAUGAGGGAUGACAUAGAAAGUGCAAAGAAUGUGUCUUUUAACAUUAUUGAUAAGAGGAGAGAAACACAACAGGAGCCCUCUGAAUACAUACUGGUACCGUUCAAUGACCCAGGCAUGUGACUUAGAAUUUUACAGAUGUUCCAAAUGUUGAAUAUGAAAGCUACCAA